AGCUCCAACAUAUCAAAUAAAAAAAAAAACCUCUUAAAACCUAGGAGUUAAAUAAGAGGGGUUUUUUUUUUAAAAAAAAAAAAAAGAAGAAAAAUGAGUGGUUACAACUACCCAACAUGGCCUGAAUUUAACAAGAAGCCAAUCACACAACAAAUCAAGAGGUGUCAAGUCAUUACUUUCAACUCUUCAACAAAAUGCAUGAUCCAUUUAAAUUUUUUGAAAGAUACAAACAAAUUGGUUGUUAUUGACUUCACAGCUACAUGGUGUGGUCCUUGCAGAAACAUGGACCCAAUUAUCAAUGACUUUGCUGCCAAAUAUACAAAUGUUGAGUUUGUCAAGAUUGAUGUUGAUGAACUAGUUGAUGUAGCUGAAAAAUACGGGGUUCAAGCUAUGCCAACGUUCGUGUUGAUGAAGAAAGGGGAGGUUGUUGACCAGAUUGUGGGAGCAGAUAAAGAUGGACUAAAGAUGAAAAUUGAGAAACACAAAGGUAGCUUAUACUAAGCAAACCAAAGGGAAAAUGCAAAGCAAUGACACUUCUUGUGUUUGAAUAAAGUUCAUGUGUUUGUGGAAAUUUUGAAGUGGAUGAGAUCAGUCUAGUGGUCUCAGUUAUAAUUUUUAAACUGAUACAACUAGUUGUAUAUCCAUAUCAAGUUCUUCGUUACAUUUAUUUGAAUAAGAAAAUGCAUCUUGUUUUCGUGUUGA